AUGCCAACUAACCUAACUGCUCAACCCCAAAAAAUCCAGGAGCUAUUCCCUGAUGCUGUCAUAUCCAAAAUCACUCCAGCACCUGAGCAUCCCCGUUUCAAUUACGACGGCUUCAAACCAGGCCGUCGAGUUCUAGAAGCAGGUCAUGUCCGCUAUCCGGGUCGCAGGCCAUUCGGUGUACCAACUGUAUAUGAGCGAGACCAAGCCAUUACAGUUCGCGAUGGCGCUCGUCUAUACGCAGAUAUCUUCCGCCCCGAAACGUCAGAUACACAGCCUGUUCCAUGUAUCCUUCCGUGGAGCCCAUACGGUAAAACUGGUACGGGACCUCAGAACUACGACUUCAUGGCUCCUUAUCGAGCGGGCAUCGCGCUUGAUCGCACAUCAGGUUAUGAGAAGUUCGAGGCUCCCGAUCCCGCUGAGUGGGCUGAGCGUGGCUACGCUGUUUUAAACAUCGAUGCUCGUGGUGCUGGACAUAGCGAAGGAGUCAUUGCACGCUGGGGCAUACAAGAAGCAGAGGAUGUUUACGAUGUCAUCGAAUGGCUGUCUAAACAGCCUUGGUGUAGCGGCUCCGUCGUUAUGGCAGGAAAUUCAUGGUUAGCCAUAUCGCAGAUCAACUUCGCUUCCAGAAUGCACCAUCCUGCACUGAAAGCGAUUGCACCCUGGGAAGGUUAUACGGAUCUGUAUCGUCACUAUGUUGCCAGAGGAGGACGUCCCCAUAUUCCUGGCUUUCACCGGAUGAUCUCAAAUGGACUAGCGGGGCCUGAAGGUGCUGAGAACGUUGUCGCUAUGCUUGAGAAGCAUCCGCUGUACGACAACUACUGGGAGGCCAAGAGAAUUCCUGUUGAGAACAUCGACAAUAUUCCUCUGUACGUUGUUGCUUCAUACUCAAGUAUGUUGCACACGUAUGGCUCGUUUCAGACUUUCCGACAAGCCAAAACAAAGAAGAAAUGGCUUCGUGUCCAUCCGUAUCAAGAGUGGUAUGACAUGUAUCGACCAUCCGUCUCGGAUGAACUUCAGCAGUUUUUCGAUUUCUAUUGCAAGCCUGGAAUUGGCAAAGACACCAACUGGGAGUCCUUAACGCCUCGAGUCCGGCUUUCACUGCUUGGCUUUGAGGCAGAUGGGAGUCCCGCCACGACUGUUCUCGAGAGGCCUAAGGAGAGCUACCCGCUUGCAAGACAAAGGCUACAAACUCUAUACCUUGACGGGGAAAAAGCAAAAUUAGUAGAUGCAAGACCAGAUCAGGAAUCCAUAACGUCAUAUGAAGGAAAGAGUUUGACUGAUAGAUUGACCUUCACAGCAACAUUUGACGUCGCAACUGAGCUGGCUGGCUACCCAAAGGCAGUGUUAUACAUGUCAUGCCCUGACCAUGACGAUUUUGACGUUGUUGUGCAGAUCCGUAAGAUCGAUAACAUCGGCCGGCAGCUCUCGCAUCUCAACUACCCAUGUCCUGUUCUGAUUGACGAGGUACCUGAUGUAAACACAGCGAAAACUCUAGGUCCCCAAGGCUUCCUUCGAGCUUCUCACCACGCCUCACUCAAUGGAGAAGGUGGACCUGUUGUUUCCGACGAUCUGUCGCGUGAGACAGAUGUUUUGUACAGUCACCGUGUUCGACAGCCCAUCAGUCCGGGUACAAUUGUCCGACUGGAGAUCCCAAUCUGGCCGAUCGGGAUGGUGUUUGCCGCUGGAGAAGGCAUAGCGCUUAAUGUUUCUGGACAUGAUAUGUGCCUGCCUGAGACUGACUUGUGUCGCUUGAGAGAACCAGAGGAUGAGAAUGUAGGGCGACACUGUGUUCAUACAGGAGGGAAGUACGACAGCCAUUUGAUCAUUCCUGUGAUUAUGGGGUAG